AUGGGGUCUGACACGGCUGAGGACCUGAGCAGGUUUCAGCGGGCUCCUAAUCACGAGGAUGCGGGGGGGGGUGUCAUUAGCAGCUACACAAAGGAGAUGGGAGUACAGCCGACCGUACCUUCCGCACCCCCCUCUGAUGAGCUGGAUGGAUGGCAAGAGGGCGGUCGAUCGGUGCCGCCCGCACCUGCUGGGUUUGAAAAACAGCGGGAAGGGGGGUCAUCAGCAGCCCCCUCUUCCCAUUCCGGCACGCAACAGGAGGCUCCACCUCCAUAUCCGGUUGCGUUACCUCAGCAACCGCUGUAUCCCUUGUUGCGAGAUACACCCACUGCUCCAGAGGGGGUUAAGGGCGGUCGUGGCCUGGUUACGGAUUGGUCAAAGAUUAGAGAAGAUAUAGAGGGCAAAGGCUUUACGGUGGAGGUGUACCCAGUGGUAGUGGGAGAUGAAGGGCCUGUGUGGGUGCCACUCGAUUCAAAAGGAGUCACACGCCUUAUAGAGGCGGUGGAAAAGAAAGGGCUGAGGUCGCCACUGACCUUGAAUGCCCUGGAGGCCUUGACAGGGCCUGGACCUUUACUUCCCCAUGAUAUCGUGAAUCUUAUGCUCAUGGUGCUCAAACCAGUGCAGUACACGCUCUGGAAAGGGGAGUGGAUGUCGGAAUGUAGGAAGGUGGCAGUGAUAGCUGAGGAGGAUGCGACACACCCCGCGCAUGGCACAGACGUGCAAAGACUCACGGGCACAGCCGGGGAAAUGGCCAGCCCCCAUGCACAGAUAGCCAGGUUACGGCCCAGAGAGCUGAUGGCAACUACAGACGCAAUGCUUGAUGCAUUCAAAAGGCUUGCACAUAGUGCUGAGCCCCUUACCCCUUGGACAGAUAUCACUCAGGGUCUAGCCAAAUCCUUCCAAGAAUUUGCCGACAGGCUGAUAUGGGCGGUGGAGGGGUCGGACUUACCUAGAGCAGUUCACAAUCCUGUCAUUAUGGAUUGUCUAAGACAAAAAUCCCAUGACGAUAUUAAGAAGCUGCUAUGUUCAGCUUAA